AGGUUUGGUAGGUAAAGUUUACAACUGCCUCACCGAGGGAACCAUGCGUGAGCAAAGGCAUAUUACGUCAUCAUAGAGCUGUAUACACCUUCCCACCACCGUUUGAAGCCCUUCAAGGAGCUUUCGGGACGUGCAAGCUGCCCGUUUUGAUGGGUGUGAUACCAAUCCAGGCCACCUCCAACGGCGCUAUCCGCACGUGACAUGGGUGCCCAGACACUAGCGUGGCGGAGGAAAGAGCAGACGCAACGACACUUCCACUCAUUCUCCUCCACCCUCCACUCCACCUUCCUUCACCGCGAUGGAAACCCAUAUACGUUCAAUCACACGCGCUGAUCCGAACAAUCCUCGCGGCCCACCGCGCACAUACGCCCUCGUCUCCCACAACGACGUUCCUCCAAGAGUAGGCGUAGACCUCUGCAUCUGUUGCUGGAAGCCUGGCCCAGAAAACUUCUACUGGUGCCCCCGGAAGUGCAUGUGGUGCCAGGACAAGAUCAAUCACAAGGGAUUUGCUUGCCCGCUCUACAUCAAGAAUAGCAAGUGGUGGCAACGUAAGAUCGGCCAUGAACCAAAGGGAUUUGCGGAGACGGUAGGAUCUCAGCUUUCCGAGCAGGGACUCACAUCAUUCACUAAGAGCAAUGAGACGAAGCGGCAGCACGCGUUUGAGGAAGCUGAUCUGCAUGCGAAGCGUAUGAGGGCUGGCCCGGGGGUGCCUCCAGCAGCUCCGUUUGUUGACAGACAGGAGGGCUCUCUAGCCGGAUAUCAAUUGUAUACGCCAUCAGGAUACCCAUUCGGCUUCGCAGAGAACGGAACUCCGUAUUACGGCCCUCCUCCUGGCCUGCAACCGUCGAGCUAGUCACCCGUACCAAGCAAACCCCACUUUCCACCCUAAUCUACUAUCGGCCCGCGAUACAACGGCCUCGUCUUUCAUACCAAGCAGCACCGACUUAACCCAGCAGCACAGCAUCACUGCCUUCAUCAGCCAACCGACCCUCAAUCGCUCGGAGCCCCUCGAUGCUGCAUGG